CCUGGGCUCAAUAUUCCUCGCACAGCAACCAUUUGUCCGUCUCGUUCACAUUAGAAGCGAGUUUUGCCAAGGCACCUCACUAGACUUGCAGAGCUGAAGCGUGUUUUGCUGUAUAUUUCAUCUACACCUUCCCAUAUAUCGCCUUCGCGCCGCCGACGUCGAGGCACCUGCACCGUCACCUUGACCCCACGUUUGCGCACGAUUAUAUCACGACCCGAAUAACAUAACUCUCACGACCAUGGCCGAGAAGCCUUCGGUCUUGAUUAUUGGAGGGCUUGGCUACAUUGGCCGCUUCCUGGCCCUCCACAUCCACCAGAACGAGCUCGCUUCCGAUGUGAGGCUCGUUGAUAAAGUCCUCCCUCAACUCGCAUGGCUGGCUCCUGAGUUCUCCGAAGCUUGUUCACAAGACAAGUUUAUGCAGGCUGAUGCCAGCAGACCUGAAGGAUUGGCACGAAUUUUUGACCGACCAGAUGGAAAACAAUGGGACUAUGUUUUCAACUGUGGAGGUGAGACGAGGUACUCACAGGAGGAUGAGGUCUACAAGCUUCGAUCAUUGAACCUUUCUAUUGCAGUGGGCAAAGAGGCGGCCAAAAGAGGAGUCAAGGCCUUUGUUGAGCUGAGCACAGGCAUGGUGUACAAGUCCGACUCAUCACCAAGCAAAGAGGGAGAUAAGCUCAAACCUUGGAAUCGGAUUGCUGUGUUUAAGUUGCAGGCUGAGGAGGAGCUCUCUAAAAUUGAAGGCCUCAACCUCAUCAUCGUGCGUUUACCGCACGUCUAUGGACCUUAUGCCUCUCAGUGGGUCGCGACGGCAUUGUGCAUGGCUCGCACCUAUCAACACCUUGAAGACGAAAUGAAGUGGCUUUGGACCAAGGACCUCCGAACUAACACAGCACACAUUGACGAUGUAACACGGGCUCUGUGGGAAAUCGCAGCAUGGUUUGAUGCAGGCAAGCCGAAGUGGGACGAGGCCAGUAUGGGCAAGAUCCCCAUCUUGAACAUCGUGGAUGAGGGUGCGACAAGUCAGGGCACCAUAGCGACAAUUAUUGGUGAUAUUUUCAAGAUCGAGACAGGUUUUCAGGGCCAGCUUAUCAGCACAUUUGCUCGACUCAACCUCGAUAGUGUUGUGGACGAUGUUAAUGACGAGCUUCUGGGACCAUGGGCCGACCUCCUCGCAGAUGCGGGCAUUACACGACCGGGCCCGCUAACUCCAUUCAUGGAGAAGGAAUUACUCAAGGAUACGGAUCUCAGUAUGGACGGAACGCGGCUCAAGACACUGUUGGGGUUUGAGUACAAGAAACCUGCCCUCACGAAGGAGUUGAUUGAGGAGGUGAUCGAGAGCUACAAGAAGAUGAAGUGGUGGCCUUGAGCGGGGCCGGGAAAUGGUUGAAGACGACAUAUGCGACGUGACAUGACAUGAUUUGUAUGGCGUGCGUAUGCAUGCAUGCAUGGAUGAAGAUUCGCAUUGAUUUUGGCUUGUUUCCUGCAUGAACUCGACUUAGCGAAGAACCCGCCUGUUGCUGGAAGAGACGGACGAUACCCGGGAUGACGAAAGCCAACGGCAUGAGGAGCAGGGCCAGCAAGACUCGACAGGGUUGAGCUUCAGCUGAUUUAGUGUCAUAUGAGAAUUGGCGCAGCUAACAGGUGAUGAUGAUGUCUGGGGAGGUAGAUGAAGAUGCUAUACAUGCACGACCUGGAUGCUAGGGGAUACGGAGGGCAAAGGUCGUAGGAGAUGGAGUGUACCCGAGUAGAGGGUAGGCUAAUAAUAUAGGCAAAUAUACUAGUUACGUGUUAGAUGGGGGUUUCGCUGCUUGUGAU